AUGGCCGAUGUGGCGAGCACGAGUUUCUCGGAUGAGGAGUGUCUAAGGCCCGCAUCCAACGCGCCAAAACGACCCAGAAGCCGGGCCCUCUUUGAAGAUGUCACCAACAAAGAAGACUCGUUCGACUCAUUCGACUCCUUCGACUCGCCGCAAAAGAAGCAAGCACCAAAGAAGCGUUCUCCGGCACUGAUCACGUCUAAUCUUGGAGAUGCGACGAGCAAGGAUUCCUUCGAUUCAUUUGACUCCUUCGACUCGCCGCCAACAAAGAAAUCUCGGAUCUCUCCAAAAAAGCGAUCGCCGGCCCGGUUUUUCCCAUUAGAAAGCGGCGUUCCGGGGUUCCCCGCGCUCUACGAUUUGGACGGAGUGACGCUAUCUGUGCAAACGGCGACCGUCACUGGAGGACAAGCCAUUUUGGACUGUAUCGACCUGAAGACGCACCAGCAAUCAUUCGCCUACCUUCAAGACCAAUGGGCCGAGCUGGGCAUUGUCGCCGGGGACACAAUUCGAAUUUUUGAUGCCCAGCGCUGGAAGCAGAACGACUGGAUAGUGGACGCUGAGCAUGGAGUGAUUAUCACGCAACCGGAUACACUUGUUUCUGCAACAUCCGUUUCACAGGCCCUGUUCUGCCAGCGAAAAGCCGUGCUCGGCGACCGAUUCCGCGGCGGCAACAGCACCAACAAGGCUAUGUUCAUGGGCUCGAUCAUCCAUGACCUUUUCCAGACGGCCAUCCAGCAGCCCCCGGGCACCGUCACCGGCGAGUGGCUUCUAAAAAGAUGGCGCACAUCAAUCGACGAAGAUCCAUCUGCACUCGUCGCUCUCGUCGCUCUCAAUUUCUCGCCCAGCACAUUUGAGGCCGAGCUGGACCCCUACGUAAACAUCAUCUGCCAGUGGGUGAGGGACAAAAUGGCCCAGCGGCGUCCGCUGCCUUCUGGAGCCACCGUCAGCCAGGUGGCCGAUAUCGAGGAGAACAUCUGGCUGCCGAAGCUCGGCAUCAAGGGCAAGAUCGACGCCACGUUGCGCGUACAAAAAAACGGCACCUCGUACUUGGAGCCGCUGGAGCUGAAAACUGGACGAAGUGGAGCGUCGCACGAACACUCACUUCAGGUCCUCCUCUACUCGCUGAUGCUCUCGAUCACCGAAGCAUCCCCAAUUCGACCGGCCUCCCUACUCUACUUGAAAGACGGAGUGGCCAGGAAUAUCGAGCCAAAGGCAAUCGACUUGAAGGGUAUUCUUUCCGUGAGGAACCGGAUCGCCGGCCAGUUGGGGGAUAUUGCCCGCGAAUUGCCCGAACCCCUCACCGAGACAAGACCUUGCGGCCGCUGCGAGCACGCGAUGGCCUGUUCGUUAUAUGGUGACUACGGCGGGACUCAAAAAGUCAGCGCGCAGUUUUCGGCUUUUGCCGAAGCGAGUGCAGCCUAUUUGAAGCCGGCGCAUGCUGCGUAUUUUAAGAAAUGGAUGCACAUGCUGACGCUGGAGCUCAAAACUGCGCAAAGCAAGUCGGCCACCCCGUCGCUGAUCUGGACGAUGGCUCCGGAGGCUCGGGAAAUGCGUGGCACAUGCGUGGGAGAUCUGCGACUAGGGCGUGUGGAGAAAGCGGCGGCUGGCGGCCGAAGUCUGCUCGUGUUUGAGAGG